CUGCUGUCACUGAACGCCGAGGUCAAGGGGAAAGAAGCAUGGCCGCCUUGUUUAGAGGGUCUCGGAAUUUAUUGCAAAGGUGCAAUAAACAUGUCGACCUGGUGCUCGUGGCAAACAGGUCAAUGGCCUCUAAGACUCCGGUAGGCUUCAUCGGCCUGGGGAACAUGGGAACUCCCAUGGCCAGGAACCUUCUGAAGCACGGCUACCCUGUCAUCGCCACCGACGUUUUCCCAGGGUCCUGCAAGGAGCUGCAAGACAUGGGCGCACAGAUCCUGGAUGCCCCAGCAGAGGUGGCCGACAAGGCUGACAGGAUCAUCACCAUGCUUCCCUCCAGUCCCAAUGUCAUAGAGGUCUACACCGGCCCCAACGGCAUCCUCAAGAAGGUGAAGAAGGGAACGCUGCUGAUCGACUCCUCCACCAUUGACCCCGCCGUCUCCAGGGAGAUGGCCCUCGCCGCUGAGAAGAUGGGCGCGGUGUUCAUGGACGCCCCCGUGUCGGGAGGUGUAGGAGCUGCCAGCCUGGCCAAGCUGACCUUCAUGGUGGGGGGGCUGGAGGAGGAGUACCAAGCUGCCCAGGAGCUCCUCACCUGCAUGGGAGCCAAUGUGGUGUACUGUGGCCAGGUCGGCACCGGACAGGCAGCCAAGAUCUGCAACAACAUGCUGCUAGCAAUCGGGAUGAUCGGAACCGCUGAGACCAUGAACCUUGGCAUCAGACUGGGUUUGGACCCCAAGCUGCUGGCUCAGAUCCUCAACAUGUCGUCAGGCAGGUGUUGGUCCAGUGACUCCUACAACCCGGUGCCUGGCGUCAUGGAGGGAGUACCCUCGGGCAACAACUACCAGGGUGGCUUUGGCACCACGCUCAUGGCAAAGGACCUGGGUCUGGCCCAGAACACUGCCACCAACACCAAGACCCCCGUCCCCCUGGGCUCGCUGGCACACCAGAUCUACCGCGUCAUGUGUGCCCGCGGCUACGCUAACAAGGACUUCUCAUCCGUCUUUCAAUUCCUGCGCGAAGAGGAGGGGCAGUAAGGGGCGAUGUACCAACACCCCCCCCCUCCCCCCCAACCAACCACACCCCUUUCCCCAUCCCAACCAAUGGAGAUCACCCUAAGAUUUAGCACAGAUCUACGGACAGAAAUGACUACAAAGGGAUUAUAGGAUGAUGAUAGUUUAAGAUGGGAAAAGGUUUAACUGGCCUUAGAUCAGUGUCUAUGAGGUUAUCUUUCUCCCCGUCGCCCGUACCCCUUCCUAGUCCAGGAUCAGUCAGGUGAUGUGGGGGGUUUGGGAGGGCCGCUGUGGGGUCCCACUCAAUGCAACGUGUGGUGUGGCUGUUUAGAGGUUUAUGCUACGGUUGACAGAACAGAUUAUGUACAUCAGUUGUACUUCCUGUUCUUUGUGUUUGUUUGACUGGGAUUUUGCCUGUUACCCGCGUGAAACUCAACUUGCCUCUUAGUCAGACGUAAGAAGAAAAAAAAUACACAGAGAGAAAAGCUGCACCCCUCAGUCGUCGAGCUAGUUCAACGUUGACAUAUGAGUUGUUUUGGGGUGAUUUAAAGAUUGAGUUAUGAAUGUCGAUCAAGAUUAUGAAGAGUUCAUGAAUAAUAUGCAAGAGUAUAAUUGCCAGCUCUCCAACUAAGGACUAUAUCUCUCAUACCUGCCAACACACACACACACAAACAGUGUUACACCUGGUCACCAAAUGCCCAUUCUACAGGGUCAUAGUUUCUCUCACUAAGUCACUCAUCUAUUUUUAAGGAGCGGGGUCUGAAUUGAAUGGGAAGAUAUUAGUAUUGACUGAAUGUUUGUUUAUUUUGCAUCCAUAUAAUUAUCUGAUCAUGAACUUGUUUUACGCUCCAUGGUGUUUGUUUUUGGCACGACCAACACUUGAUCACCACAAUCAACACUUACUGGAUAGGUCACUUCCACACUUGACGUACUGUGAGAUGUCAUUGCCUGCAGCUCCUGGGUCACCUUUGCACUCUGACCAAUGUUUGCGGUGCAGGGCUAGUGAAUCCUUCGAUAUACCUCCUUAAUGUAGUUUACACACUCUUAACAUACCUCUACUCUGCCUAUUACACCUCUUUAGGUUCAGUUACCGGUUUUUACUUCCUGGUUUUACUUACUUACAAAUGUCAGUUAAAAAAUAUCGCCUUCACCACUGCUCCAAACCUCUCCUAUCAUGCCAGCUUAACAUUUGCGAUCCUCUUUCUGUUCUGUCACUCCCCCAUGUCCUCUUUCUCUUCCAGUUCCUCCCUCUCUCCUUAUCUUUGUCUCUCUUCCUUUAUCCUUUUAUUCCCUGUCUUUGUCCUCUCUCGCUCCCUGAGCCCAUGAAGCAUGUCUGCAUAAAGCGCCACUGAGGGUGGGCCCAGCUUGACCCUGUGUCCAUGUACAUAAUGUAUAUUUCUUUUGUUUGCUGUAUUAAGGAGAAUCAGAGUUGUCGUCACGGUUUGUUAUUUUUUUUGCUGUUAACUGGUACAUUUGUGGAGCAUCUAUCUCUUCUUGGUCUCUGUUCUGUUAUAAAAAAAAUAAAAAAGAAUGGACCUAC